AUGAGUGACUUUGAAGAUUCAGCCUCGGUAUCCGAAGCAGAAUACAUCUCUUCCGACGGUUCUGAAGAGUUUACUGAAACACCAGCUGCUGUUAAAAAGAAAUCUCCACCAAAACCAUUGCAGGAUGCCACUAAUACUUCGAAUGCUCCAGCUAAGAAGAAAUCAAACGCUUCAGAACAAUACCAAAAGUUAUCUCAAUUGGAGCAUAUCUUGAAAAGACCAGAUACUUAUAUCGGUUCUGUUGAAAAAACACCAACUAAAAUGUGGAGUUUUGAUUCAGUUCUGGAAUCAAUGAAAUAUGAAGAAGUUACCAUAGUUCCCGGGUUAUACAAGAUUUUCGAUGAAAUCUUAGUUAAUGCUGCCGAUAAUAAGAUAAGAGAUCCAUCAAUGAAGAAUAUUAAAGUUAAAAUAGAUCCAGAAAAUAAUUUAAUUUCUGUCAUGAAUGAUGGUAAAGGUAUCCCAGUUGAAAUACACGAAAAGGAGAAAAUAUAUAUCCCUGAGUUAAUUUUUGGUAAUUUAUUAACUUCUUCGAAUUAUGAUGAUGAUGAGAAAAAAGUUACUGGGGGUCGUAAUGGUUAUGGGGCUAAAUUAUGUAAUAUUUUUUCAACUGAAUUCAUUUUAGAAACUGCUGAUGCUAAUACUGGUUUAUCUUAUAAACAAACAUGGAAUAAUAAUAUGUCAAAAGUUUCUAAGCCGAAGAUAACUCAAUUAAAAUCGAAAAAAGAAUUUACAAGAGUUAGUUUUAAACCUGAUUUAUUGAAAUUUAAUAUGGAUUCAUUAGAUGAUCAAAUUUUAUCAGUUUUGAGAAGAAGAGUUUAUGAUUUAUGUGGUACUGUUAAAGAUUGUAACAUUUACUUGAAUGAUAAAAAACUUAGUAUUAAGAAUUUUAAAUCAUAUAUUGAAAUGUAUGUUCAAGCACUAAAAGCUGUUGCUGAGGAUCCAAUCGAUCCAGAUGAUACUAAUAAAAUCUAUGCUCCUUUAGUUCAUGAAGUUAUAAGUGAUCGUUGGGAAAUUGGGUUUUCGGUUAGUGAUGGUAAUUUUAACCAAGUUAGUUUCGUUAAUUCAAUUGCUACAACUACUGGUGGUACUCAUGUUAAAUACGUUUCUGAUCAAAUUAUUUCAAAAUUAACUGAAACUUUAGCUAAAAAGGAAAAGAAUAAAAAAUUAAUGAUUAAAGCUCAAGAUAUUAGAAAUAAUAUGUUUUUAUUUGUUAAUUGUUUAAUUGAAAAUCCUGCGUUCACUUCUCAAACAAAAGAACAAUUGACUACCAGAGUUUCACAGUUUGGUGGUAAAUCAAGUGAAAAAUUUCAAGUCACUGAUUCACUUAUUAAUAAAAUUUUGAAAACUAGUAUUGUUGAUAAAAUAAGAUCUAUUGUUAGUGCCAAUCAUGAUAAAGCUUUACAAAAAGCUGAUGGUUCAAGAAAAUCAAGAGUUAAAAAUGUGAAAUUAGUUGAUGCCAAUAAGGCUGGUACUAAACAAAGUCGUGACUGUUUCCUUAUUCUUACUGAAGGGGAUUCUGCGCUAUCAUUGGCAGUUUCCGGGUUAGCAGUUGUUGGGCGUGAUUAUUAUGGAUGUUUCCCACUAAGAGGUAAAUUACUUAAUGUCAGAGAAGCAACUCCUGAUCAAAUUUCGAAAAAUGCUGAAAUCAAUGCUAUCAAACAAAUUAUGGGAUUACAACAUAAAAAAAAGUAUACUAAAGAAAAUAUCGAUCAAUUAAGAUAUGGCCAUAUAAUUAUCAUGACUGAUCAAGAUCAUGAUGGUUCACAUAUCAAAGGGUUACUUAUCAAUUUUUUCGAAACAAGUUUCCCUGGAUUAUUAGAAAUUCCAGGAUUUUUAUUAGAAUUUAUCACUCCAAUUGUUAAAGUUACAAUUAAAGGUAGAAAUAAUAAAGCUGAAAAAAUUCCAUUUUAUACUAUGCCUGAAUUUGAAGAAUGGCGUGAGACCACUGGUAAAACCUGUCGUUGGACUCAGAAGUAUUAUAAAGGUUUAGGUACUUCAUUACCAGAAGAAGCUCGUGAAUAUUUUGCAGCUUUAGAUAAACAUAUGAAAACCUUCCAUGAAUUAGAAGGAGAUGAUCGUGGGUUAAUUGAUCUUGCAUUUUCUAAAAAGAAGGCUGAUGAUAGAAAAGAUUGGUUGCAAGCUUUUCAACCGGGUACCCAUUUAGAUCCAAAUCUCGAAAUCAUUCCAAUUAGUGAUUUCAUUAAUAAAGAAUUGAUUUUAUUUUCAAUGGCUGAUAAUAUUCGUUCAAUUCCAUCAGUAUUGGAUGGUUUCAAACCGGGCCAAAGAAAAGUACUUUUUGGGGUUAACAAAAGAAAUUUAAAGGGAGAAAUCAAAGUUGCUCAAUUAGCGGGUUAUGUUGGUAAUCAUACUGGGUAUCAUCAUGGUGAACAAUCAUUAACACAAACUAUUAUUGGAUUAGCCCAAGAUUUUAUUGGGUCCAAUAAUUUAAAUAUUUUGAAACCAUUAGGAGCAUUUGGAUCAAGAGCAGCCGGUGGUAAAGAUUUUGCAGCACCAAGAUAUUUAUUUACUCAACUUAAUGAGAUUACACGAAAGAUUUUCAAUCCUUUGGAUCAACCAUUAUAUACUUAUGUUCAGGAUGACGAGCAGUAUGUUGAACCCGAAUGGUAUUUGCCAGUACUUCCAAUGUUAUUAGUUAAUGGAGCAGAAGGGAUUGGUACUGGGUGGUCUACCAAUGUUCCAUCAUUCAAUCCAACUGAUAUUGUUGAGAAUAUUAAAAGAUUAAUGAAUGGGGAAGAAUUAGAAGAGUUAAUACCUUGGUAUAGAGGAUGGGAAGGUACUAUUGAACAGAACGGAGGAGAUAAGUUCAAAGUACUUGGAAGAAUUGAGCAAAUUGAUAACACAACAUUAGAAAUUACUGAAAUACCGGUUAAGACCUGGACCAAUAAUAUGAAGGAGUAUUUAAUAUCAGGAUUGGGGACCGAUAAGGUUAAACCAUGGAUUAAAGAUGUUGAAGAACAUCAUGGGUUGAAUAUCAAGUUUAUUAUUAAAUUGAGUAGUGAAGAAAUGGCCAAAUCAUUAAAGAUGGGAUUAAUGGAAAGAUUUAGAUUAAUAUCAACGAUUAAUUUAAGUAAUAUGGUUGCGUUUGAUCCAAUGGGUAGAAUUAAAAAAUAUGAUCGACCAAAUGAUAUAUUAAGAGAUUUCUAUUAUGUCAGGCUUGAAUAUUAUCAAAAACGUAAAGAUUUUAUGACUGAUGAUUUACAAAAUCAAUUGGUUAAAUUGAGUGAACAAGCUAGGUUCAUUAAGGCAAUCAUUGAUCGAGAAAUUACUGUAUCCAAUAAGAAGAGAAGUGAGUUAGUUGACGUCUUAUUAAAUCAUAAAUUUGUUAGGUUUGACCGAAAUGGUAAAGCAAUUAAAGAAACAACGGAAAGAAGUGGAUUAUUUGUUGAUGAUGAAGAAUUAAUUGAAGAAGAAGAACAAGAAAUUGGAGAUAUUAGUCAAUUAAAUGCUAGUGGAGUGAAUAAUUUAGCCGGAGAAGAAGAAAGUGAACAUAGACCAGAAUCAAUUUAUUCGCAAUAUGAUUAUUUAUUGGGAAUGGCAAUUUGGUCCUUGACUAGAGAAAGAUUUGAAAGAUUGUUGAAACAACAAGAAGAAAAACAAAAAGAAUUAACUGAAUUAUUAAAAUUAAGUGCUAAAGAUUUAUGGAAUUCGGAUUUAGAUAUCUUCUUACAAGAAUGGGAGAAAUUUUUAGCGGAUGAUUUUGAAAGAAGAAAUAGUAUUAUUCCAAAUAAAGCUACCAAGAGGAAAGGUAAGACUACCAAAAGAAAAAAUGAAGAUAAAGAAGAACCAGCUAAGAAAAAGCCUACAAUUAAGAAACCUGCGAAACCAACCAAGGAAACCACCAAGGAAACCACCAAGGGAACCACCAAGGAAACCACCAAACCAGUUGAAAAGACUCAAGCAAGUUUGAAAUUUGACAAAGCUGAUCCAGAAGAAGACAUGCUAUCGUUUUUCAAUAAAAGCUCUAGUGAAGAGGCCCAGCCCCCGGCCAAGUCCAAGACCAAGACCAAGCCAGUGCCCAAAAAGGAAAACAAAGAACCGGUUGUCCAUUCCAUUUUCAGUGAUAGUGAUGAUGAUUUACUAUUGGGGAUGAACGAUAUUGGCAAACAAAAGCCGGAAAUCGUGGUUUCUGAUAGUGAAGAAGAACUACCCGCAAAACCGGCCAAGGGCAAGAUGAGCAUCAAAGACGAAUUGGAUGACUUAAUCGAAACAACCCCACAAGCAUCGACGUCCCCAGAGGGCGGACGCAGAGGGGCCAGAGCAAGAAGUACAAAUCGAAAACCCGUCUCUUACAAACUAGACCUUGAUUCUCUGCAGGGCAGCAGCAGCAGCAGCGAAGAAGAAGCAGCAGCAGAAGAAGAAGAGGAUGAUUCUGAAAUGGAAUAG